CGCUCGGUCCCGGCGGUGGCGGGCGCUCGGCCGGCCCGGGCCGUGGCCGCGGCCAUGUCGGUGUUCGUGACGCGGCGGAUCCCGGCCGAGGGGCUGCGGGUGCUGUCCCAGGCCAGCGGGUGCCGCGUGCAGCAGUGGGACUCGGAGGAGCCGGUGCCGCGGUCCGAGCUGCUGGCGGGCGUGGCGGGGGCGCGGGGGCUGCUGUGCCUGCUCUCGGACCGCAUCGACCGCGAGGUGCUGGACGCGGCCGGGCCCGGCCUGAAGGUCAUCAGCACGCUGUCCGUGGGCUUCGACCACCUGGCGCUCGACGAGAUCAAGAAGCGGGGGAUCCGCGUGGGCUACACCCCGGACGUGCUGACCGACGCCACGGCUGAGCUGACGGUGGCCCUGCUGCUGUCCGCCUGCCGCCGCCUGCCCGAGGCUGCCGAGCAGGUCCGCAGUGGCGGCUGGACCACCUGGAAGCCGCUGUGGAUGUGUGGCCAUGGCCUGUCCGACAGCACCGUGGGCAUCAUCGGGCUGGGCAGGAUCGGACAGGCAGUUGCCCGGCGCCUGAAGCCUUUUGGGGUCAGGAAGUUUCUGUACACUGGCAGCGGCCCAAAACCGGAGAGCGCGGCGGAGUUUGGGGCAGAGUUUGUCCCGCUCACCAGGCUGGCCCAGGAGUCAGACUUCGUGGUGGUGACCUGUGCCCUGACGCCGGCCACCCAGGGCAUGUGCAACAAGGAGUUUUUUGGCAGGAUGAAGAAAACCUCUGUGUUUGUCAACACGAGCAGGGGGGCUGUGGUGAACCAGGAGGACCUGUACGAUGCUCUGGCCAGUGGCCAGAUUGCAGCUGCUGGCCUGGACGUCACCACACCGGAGCCACUGCCCACUGACCACCCCCUGCUGUCCCUCAAGAACUGUGUGAUCCUGCCGCACAUCGGGAGCGCCACGUACGCCACCAGGAGCACCAUGGCCGUGCUGGCAGCCAACAACCUGCUGGCCGGGCUGCGAGGGGAGCCCAUGCCCCACGAGCUGAGGCUGUGAUGGCCAGCCCUGCUGGAGCUCAGGCUGUGAUGGCCAGCCCUGCUGGAGCUCAGGCUGUGAUGGCCAGCCCUGCAGGA